ACGCGAAUCUCACACAAUUUUAGUUUUAAUCCAUCUUUUACGGACGUCGGUCGGUCGGAACCUGCCGUAAUUUGUUGUGUCGGCUGGCGCUACGUUUACGUUUACUGAGCUGGUACAAGAACUGUGUCGUGCCGUGCCGUGUGUGUCACCGUGACAGCUGGUGCUAUUAGUCAUAGUUGCAUCACGUGCGUUUGGGAUACGAUUUAAAAAUUGUAUCAAGUUAAAUCAGUACUGAGUGAGUUUCGUGGUAAUUUUGUAAAGAAACUACGGAUUAAACAUGUUGAAAAAAAUAACAAAAAGAUCUGUAAAAAUGAGUGAAAAACGAGCUACAAACAAGUAGAGAGUAGUUAAACUGUCAAACUUGUUCAAAGCAGUGAGCGAAUGUGGUGUGCCCGUGAACGUUUCAUACAAAAAUAACAAAAAAGUGUGUAUCAUACGAGUUGAAAAAUAAGUUGAAAUGUUUUAAAAAGUGCAUAUAACCUCCAAUAAAAUCGUGAAGAUAUAGCAAGCAAACUGCCAGGAUAAAAUCGCUUCACAAUCCAGAAACUGUGCCACCAAACCCUGACCACCAUGACGGAUUUGAUCGAUUUACGAAUGCAUCAGCACAUUGCACACGAAAUCUACCGUCAGCAAAUGUUGCAGCGGAUACCAGAUCCGUUCCCAACGAUGCUGCCGGUUCCGGUACCACCGAUGCAUGCGAUGGCACUGCCACCACGCUACUCGCUGCCGGGCGUCGAGUUGAAGCUGCAGAACAAGGAGCUUUGGAGGGAGUUCCACAAGAUCGGUACCGAGAUGAUCAUCACCAAGAGUGGCCGCCGAAUGUUUCCCUCGAUGCGGCUCACGGUGGACGGACUCGAUGCGGACACAAAUUAUUGCGUGCUGCUCGAAAUGAUGCCCAUUAGCGACUGCCGGUUCAAGUUCAGCGGUUCCCAGUGGGUACCGGCGGGCGGUGCCGAACCCCAGAGUCCCCAAAGGUUCUGUCUGCAUCCGGACAGUCCGGCGCUCGGCACGCACUGGGCCUCGCAACCGAUCGUCUUCAACAAGGUGAAGCUCACCAACAACACGCUCGACAACAAUGGACACGUCGUCCUAACCAGCAUGCACAAGUACCAGCCGCGGAUCCACAUCAUCCGCACAUCGGAUCCAUCCCAGAUUCCUUGGGCUGCCCAGCAAGCGUUCGUUUUCCCGGAAACGGAGUUCGUUGCCGUCACCGCUUAUCAGAACGAUCGCAUCACAAAGCUAAAGAUCGAUAACAAUCCGUUCGCCAAAGGUUUCCGAGAGACGGGACAGUCGCGCUGCAAGCGAAAGAUGGGCUGUAACACGUCAACCUCAUCCUCGUCCUCCUCAUCGUCCUCGUCGGGCCCGGGAGGCAGCGGGGGAGCGGGCGGCAACGGCGACGGCGGCGGCCCGGACGGUGGUGGACAGUUGACAGACGACGAAGAUCGCCACGACCUGCACGACCUGAUCAAGCGCCCAAGAUCAAACGGUUCACCGGCUUCCGACUGUACCGUGCACGAGGGAGGACCUCCGAUGCAUCAUCCCCGGCUCCACCAGCCAUCUCUCCGUCCGUUCCCGGCCUCGCCCGAGCUGCUGAUGCGUCAGUACAAUCAGAUGUUUAACCCGAGCUGGAUGGAUCUGAUGUUGCCAUACUUUGCCCGCCAUCACCAUCACCAUCCGUACCAUCCGCAGCCCCAUCCGCAUGCCGCCCAACAGCAUCAACAUCAUCACCAUCCACCCGGACCGUUCGGUGGACAUCCGCUGGGACAUCCGAGCAUAGUGCCUGUUACCGGUAGUCAAAUUGCUGCUCCGAUCGUAUCUCCCGCUCACUCCAAUCCCGACUCAACCGAUCUCGACCGUUCGUCGGCGUUCAGUGUGCGCACUCCGCAGACCAGUGGCAGCGAUUACGAAGCGAAUGAGCGGAUAAGCGCGCAACCGGACAGUCCGGAAGGGUCACCGAAGCCAACGAUCCUACGACCUUCCGCGAUCAGACCCACGACCGGAUCGAGCCCAGCUACACCGACCGAAGCGCCACCUCAGCUCGCUGUUGUCGAUCCGUCCGAUCCGAACGGAGACGCCGAUCGAAAAAUUAACUUCAGCAUCGCUUCCAUCUUGCUGCUCUAGUAUACGGUGUAGGGAUCGUGAGCAACACCCGCGCUGCCCCGAAUCCUCCUGUGAACCAAGUGCCUUAACGCGAGCCUCAUCGAUCCGUGAUAUUCGAUCUCGCGACCAACCAACUCCUCGAGCGGUUCCGCGCCGAGCAGCUGUGCAAGUAUUAUUAGUGCUAAUAACCAUAUGGUGGUGCUUGUAGGUGUAUGUGUGUUCCAUGUGUGAUCGUUCUGCAUGCUGACAAGCGCAUAGAGCUAAAUAAAACCGAACAGUGAACAAGAUGA